UAUACAACGGCAAUGGUUCCAGCGCUGAAGCUAUUUGUGAUAUAUAUAGCGAUUCAACCAAUUGCCAGCUGUGAUCUGGACAUCAAGUUGCCCAACGGACAUGUUACAAAGUCAUCUAGCUGGUUCCUAGGUGACAACAUCAAAUUCGAGUGCAAUCGUGGAUUUUCAUUGCAGGGCAAGUUGUGGCACCUUGGCACCGGAAAUAUAGGGAAGCGAUACUGUGCCAAGGCGGGUUGUACUGAUUUUGAGAAACCGGACAACGGAGCUGUUUUCACGGCCACGGAUGGCUUAAAGGCGAAAAUCGAAUGCGAUGCAGGAUUUGUUCUCAGCGGAAAUUCUGUUACCUACUGCAAUGGAACAAAGUGGAUCAUCAAGCUGGGAACUUGCCAGAUGGCCAACCAUACCGGUGACUAUUCCUGCGACUUCGAGAGGGAGGAUCAGUGCGGCUGGAUUGCCAGUAAAGCCAUUCCGCAGCCAUGGAAGCGGAUUAGUGCUGCAGCAGACUUUCGCAAAGACAAGUGUCUGCAGCAGGAUCACACCUUCCAGAGCGAUGUCGAAGGACACUUUAUUCGCUUGCAGUCGCAAGUACAUGCUUCUAGGACCUCCCACUUCAUAUCGCCGAUCUAUCCCAGAAGCCUCACUUUGGGCCAUUCCUUGUGGUUUCAGUUCCAACUCUUCAUGUUUGGGACGGAAGUAAGAGACUUGACCAUUUCGGUCAAACCCUCUUCAAUGGCGGUCGAGGAUAUGUGGACGAGUUUUGGAAAUAUCUGCACCAAACUCACCCUGUCCGGCGAUCAGGGGCCAAACUGGAGAAGCCAGUCGAUCUUCAUCGAUGAAAUGGAGUCGGACUUCCAGGUGGUCUUCACAUUCACGGACCCAAGCUCUCUCCAUGGCGACAUUGGUAUCGACGAUGUAAAAUUCAUAAAAACCCAAAAUCUUGGCUCAAAGUAUAUAUUUUAA